CUGGGUUCCACAUUUUGUUUUUUUCUUUUCAUAGAGGUUUGGAUUCUGAGUAGCAAACAAUUUCACUUCGGGUUUUCUUCCAAAAUAUUUCUGUUUUUAAUUAAGGUAAAUCAUGUUGACUUCCGUACGAAAAUGGGGCACUCCUCCAGACAAACACCUUCAUCAACUAGUGAAAGUCCUAUAACACGUGCGGAAGAAAUGAAGAUCUUUUAUGCGGAUGCGUCUUUCACAAGUCGUUCACGUUGCAAUCAAAUGCUGAUAAAGUGUAAAGGCGAUGUCGCACGCGCUUUGGAAGAGUUAAAGAUUGAGCGCCUUGUCGACAUCCAAAUUGCACCUAAUAACGAAAAAGCUAGGGAAGCUCUUAGCGCUAGAGCUUGGAAUCUCAAUGCGGCUGCGGAAUUACUGCUAAGCAAUACGUGUAACUAA